UUUAGAUCUCUCUCUCUCUCUCUUGCACGCCACUUUUGAUUUCAAAGUAACUUAAAAACUUUAGUAUACAUAAUUGUUGGUCACUCAUAUAAAAUUCAGAUUUGAUAUUUCUUAGAGUUAUUUAGUAUUAUUUAGUGCUUUUCGUGGAAUCUGAACAAACAUUGUACAAGUGUGUAACGGCGCCUAUUUUUGUGGAAUAUUGUGAAUUGGUGAAAUUUUUUGGAGCUAGCUGCAGCAGAAAGAAAAUUGGUACCAAGAUCCAGUGCUGCCAAAAUGGAAUCUAUCAAGUUGCAACGCAUGAAGGAACUAGGACGAGCUGACUCCAUUGAGUUUUUCAGAAGAACUAGCUAUGUCAACCCAGCUGAACAAAUCACAGGCAAGGACAUCCCAGUAGAUGUGGGGAUGGUCUUCUGCGAACUUGAAAUGAUGCGAACAGGUCGCAAUACUACUAGUAGACCAAUUAAAUAUACAGAGCUUCUGAAAUUUGCUCGCGAAAAGCAGUUAAAAUCUAAGAGACCUUUUGUGAUAUUGCUUGAAGGAGCUGCGGGGGUAGGCAAAACAACCUACCUAAAACUAUUGAGGUCACAGUGGACCGGUGAUGGCGUCACCGAAGAGAAUAUUGUAAAAGGAUUAAAUGAAUAUGAUCUCAUGGUGAAUCUGGAGUGUAGAAAUCGGUCGUGUAAAAGUCUCACAGACCUGCUAAGGUUACAUUGGCAUCAAGCCUUCGCUGAACUGGGAGAAUCUGCAGUGACGCAGAGCUUGUCUGAAUUUCAUUUAUUGUUCCUUUGUGACGGUUUGGAUGAAGCUGACCAAAACACCGAGAGGAUUUUUCGACAGAUUCUUGAAGAAAUGAAUGAUAAAAUGAUCGCGAUUUGUACAACCAGGCCUGAAAAAACACAAGAGUUUUACCGAAUGAUCAUAGCACGUGAUACUGGGACUGACACAGCUCACGUUCAGAUCAAAGGUAUUGAAAGGAAGCACUUAAAAUCAUUUAUUAAAAGGUAUCAUGAGAUACUUAGAGAUGAAGGGGUAAGUUUUGAGAAAACGGAUGGACUUCUUUCGUACUUCGAAAGAACAGGGAGCAAUCUGGUUGAUUACUGGAAAAUUCCCCUUAACCUUAUACUUUUAAUUAUUUUAUGGGCAUUUGAUCCUGAUCUAGUGAACCAAGUAACAACGGUUUCUGAACUUUAUGGUCAAAUAAAUCGUCUUAUUAAAGUGAAAGCACUUGAGAGAAUUUCAAGGAAAAUCCCUCAUUCAUAUAAACAAUUAAAGGACAGAUUUAAAAAGUUCUCUAAACUUCUGCAAACAGAGGCAUUGGUUUCCCUUCAUAAAGACCUGAUCAUUUUGGAACAAGAUGCAUUAGAAAGACUAAAAAUGAACUGUGAUCAGCUUGGCAUUGAUUAUGAAGAGGCUAUUGGUGCUUUUCUUAUUCAAAAGAGUAUGUGGAGUGGAUCUGACAUCGAUGCCAGAGAAGUGAGUUUCGCUCACAAAACACACGCAGAAUAUCUUGCAGCUUGCUGCUUACAUAAUGCAACUGUAGUUUGUAAAGUUUUUCCAGAUGAUGAGACAAUUCGAAACAAUAUAAUACAAAUAUUUUCAUCUUACAAUGUUCCUGAAAAUGUUUGUUGCCAUGUUGCAGCCGCAGCUCUGAAUGCAUUUCAUGAGGGGCCAACCCAGCAGUAUUUUUCCAAUAUGAUGUCAAUUCGUGAAGCUUUCUAUAGAAUACUUGGGGCAAACAUCGAGUAUAGGAGGUUUCAAAAUGUGCUCAUAAUGAUGCUAGGUUUGUUGUACAAGGAAAAAAACGCCAAAAAGGAAAUUCUUGAAGAACUGCUACUCUUGCUGUACACAUCAGGUGUGAGGCAACCCAAAGAGUGGAUCAGAGUUUUAAACUCUGUUAAAUGUAAAAACACUGUAGCCAAAAUGAUUGCUGAUAAGUAUUAUAAAAUUCACAGAAAUACAACCAUACAAGAUGAUGAUGUAUUUGCAUAUGCAUCCUUGCUAAAAGACAGUAAACUUCGUAGUAUAUCUUUGAAGCUCAGCGUGUGUCCAUUCAACAUACCAAGACUUGAAGAAUUAUUAGGAAUAUGUGCUGUUCAGAGGAUUGCUCUGGGAUACAUUGGGUUUAACGACCUCUUCCGUAAUCCCAGUGACACGUUUUGUUCGUCAGAUCUUAUUCCAUCUUUGCAGGAAGCCUUCUCAAGGUGUGAUAUUAGGCAGUACCAUGGUCAACUGGCACGCACGAUGCACAUUCCGGAUUCAGUAGGGGUGUUGUACAUCAGUAUUUCAGACAGCGAAGACCUCCAACCGAUUCGGCACGUUAUCCAAAGGAAAAGUUGGACCAUAAAGCGAUUUGGUUUGUGUGUAAAUGUACCAACAUUUAGGGGCCAGUUAAUUCGGAUACCUGUGAAACCCCCGAGGACUAUUUGCUUGUAUCUCACCGAUAUAACGACUGGCGAAGAUGUGCAACGCGCUUGUGACCUAGCUGAAAGUUUUAUCCCAGAAACAGCACUCGGGCGAAGUUGUUUCACUCGAUUAUUUUUCCCUCGAUUUGAGGCAAACCCCAAGGAUCUGAUCGAAGGAUUACGAAACAAAGGAGUGAAAGUGUCGGGAAUCUUCUUCCCGUCAUCUAGCCGUCCAUCGUCACGGUCCUGGAUCGAAUUGGAAGAAAUCCGGCAACUAACGACGACAAUUAGUACUGCAUUAAUUUGGGGAAGAGGUUCCUUCACUGGACAUUUCUAUGGUUCCUCCAACAAGGAAGGAAGUAUUUGGGAUGUUGAUUCCUGGUGAAGCAGCGCCGAAGUGCUUACGUGUGAAUGGCUUAUAAUCUUCAAAUCGUGGUGAAUAAACCGGUGAAGGCUGUAGUGAUAUAAAGUGUAAGGACAACGGAUAUUAGGGAAUAUAUUACAAAAAUAUCCAAAAUUUUGUGCAAGCUUGCUUUGAUUAAUUGCCAUGUAAACCUGUUCCUUAUGUAUGUUUGCUCAUUGUGAAUAAAGAAAAAUAAGUA